AGGGUCUGGAAUGGUGAAUUUUGAUUUCCCUCCAGUGCCAUUCCAACAUUGAUCAAAUUGCUUUAGGAUGCACCAGUAGAAUAGAAUAGAAUAGACCACCCUGGUUUUGGCUCUGCACUCUUCAGACAGACAAAGGAGGCCCAUACUUUUAUAUUUCUUUAAGUUUCAUCCUGAGACACGGUAUAGUAUUCAUUAAGUUAAGCAUCAGGAUCAUGAACAUCAAAACAUGAAAAAGUGUACCAGCGAAAAUUAUCAUAUAACUUUGUCUUCACAUUUUCCACCGAGUAUAAAGCUAGUUAGCCUGAGAGCUAACAUUCUCUACUAGUAGAUAGCAAUGCCUGGAAUAAUGUGACUGUCUUUUCUUUCCAUGACAGGAUAGAGGGCUAAUGUCUUAACAAUUUCACCGAAGACCAUCUUGGUGUCUGCUGAUUUUCAGUUUCAAUCCAUCAUUUUAAUUGGGUGCUGCCAGCCGAAAGAAAGAAGAAGUGCAUCGAUCCCACUGAAAGGCUUGCAGGUUCAACCUUCUGAUAGCACUUGUUGGAUUGCUGAUCAGUGGCGAAUAAGCAUAAACAUUUUGUGGAUGAAACACCGAUCAUUAGUUGUAACUGUUAAGAAUGAGAUCCUAAUGCUCUUCAUGCAAUCAGCUUGUUCUGGAAGUCCAUGUAACUUAGAAUGAACAGGUUCAAUUCUGAAAGACCAGAAGAUUGGAACAUCUACUCCAGCUCAGAUCCUAGUCCAUCUCAAACAGAAGUUAAUCAGGAAGGUCCAUGGAAAAACUUUGGGACAUCAAUGAAUGCCCUUUCUUUUGGUUUUGUUGCCACGGCUAUCUUAAUUUCAAUGUUUGUCAUAAUGGCCAUCUUCGAGCAUCUUUUCAAGCCAAGUGAGACUUUUUCUUCACCUCAAGGUGGCAGCAGCAGGACCUUGCGAUCUACGCAAAUGCAGAAACUCCAAGAUCCCCAAAGGGUAUCAACAAUUUCGUAUUCCUCGGACUUCUCCGUCUUAAUGCCAGGGCAGCAGUAUCCUACAUUCAUUGCCCAACCAGCUCCUCUUCCUUGUUCAAGGGAAGGGGUGUGCUGGCCCCCCAUGAACAUAUAUAGUUAGUCUUUCCUCGGUGUGUCCACUGCUACGUGAUAAACCACCAAGUAAUCUUCGGUUUGGAUGCCUCAACUUCGUGGAUGAAUGUAUAAAACAUAUAUGGUUUUGGAUGCUUAGGUAAAGAAACUCCCCCACAAUGACGUUCUCGUUUGUUCUGUGUAAUAGACCUUCAAUCUUGCAUCUUAUAUGACAAUCCGCUGAAAACUUCCACUUCCA